UCGUUAUGUUUUGUCGAAACUAUCCUGGCAUUUUACUGUUGCUACGAUAUCUAAAACUUGUGUAGUCGAAAAUAUCGAUUCUUCGGUGAACAAGUACAUCCGAAAGUGGCUGGAAGUACCUAUAUCUGGAACACUAAGUAACGUUUUCCUAACCCGUAAUAAGUUUGGUCUAAAUAUCCUCCCUGCAUCAGUCAAAUUCAUUCAGUGUCAAACAGUUCUACGCAAUGCCCUAAAAACAUCUCCAAACGAUUCAAUAAACGAACUGUGGAAGUCAACUAAUAAUCAUACUAACAUUCAAUACGAUAGCUACAACUCAACUAAAGAAUUUUUAAAAACUUCGCAUUCUCAACAAGAAAAUAAACUUAGGAACCGUUUGAAAUGUCAAGGUUCCUUUUUCGAAAAUGUUUCUAAAUUCUCCCUAUCACAACUUAACGCAAUCUGGUCGGUAUCGCAAUCAAAGCUACCAAAGAACAUUUUCAACUUUACAAUUCGCUAUAUAAAUAAUACCCUUCCUACCCGAAAGAACUCAGUAGAUGGGGAAUUUCAUCAAGUUCUGACUGCUCGUUCUGCUUACACCCUGAAUCACUUCUACACGUUGUUGCCGGUUGUCAACAUUACUUGGAACGAUUUACUUGGAGACACGAUUCCAUACUAA